CCACGCCCUUGCCUCCGCGUUCCUCCGCCCGUUCAACGGCCGCCUCACGUGAUUGCAGGGUCGGUGGGCAGGGAAGUGAGAUCGCUGCGCGCGAGCCGAGGGUUAAACGGCUACCCGGAAAAGACGGCGCUCUUCUCGGUUUUUUGUUUUCUCCACCGUUUGCUGACAUGAGCUGCUACAGCCGCCGCCGCUGCCUCUGGAGUACCCUGGCUUGGACGCUGCUCCUGGCGAUUCUCGCCUCUUGUCUCAUUUCGCAGAGCAAAGCGACUGUCGAAGAAGUUGGCUGUGAAAGACAUACGAACUGUAGUUCCUGCAUUACUGUUGAACCAUCUCAACUGAAUUGCACAUGGCUUCAAUGCAGUGGAAAUAAUUCUCGUUGCACAAAUGACACAAAGAUGCAUCCUGAUUGUACUGCUGUUUUUCCUGAAAAUGGGACAUGUUCAGAUUUGUCUCUCAGUACCACAGCUAGUAUAUCUACCAUAGCCACCAGCCCUGCAGGUAGUUCAACUACAGUAAAACCUGUUCUGAAUACUACAAUAAGCACCACCAGUGCUGUUAUUACUACUAAAACAGACAAACCAUCUCCAACACCAACUGCCCAACCAUCACAUCACAAAGCAAGUUUUGAUGCUGCCAGUUUCAUUGGUGGUAUUGUCCUUGUGCUGGGUCUGCAAGCAGUAAUCUUCUUUGUGUAUAAAUUUUGCAAGUCCAAAGAACAAAACUAUCAUACUCUCUAGGAAAUGUGGCUUUUUAAGUGGACUUAGAAUAGCUCAAUAUUUAUGGUUAGCUACACCAAAAGAUGCUUAUUCUUUAUGGAAUAUAGCAAUUCAAGAUAAUGUUUUUCAAUACUUAAAAAAAUAGUUCUGCAACGGGCUUGGAAGAAGAUUGUGUGAAUCAUGUCUUGCUCAACAGAAAUACUUGCAAUAUUCUGCAUGAAUCCUAAUUUGCUGUUUUAAAUUUCUUUAGUAGCUGCUACUAUGGAAUCUAUUCUUUUAUUUGAUAUGCCAGAUAUAGCUGUUGAUAGUUACUGUAUUUAGUGGCAGCAAUGUUCUUAAUAGAUAAUUUUAUGAUUACAGCGAUUUAAUUAGCUUUAGAUACCCCAUGAAUCAUUAUUAAAAACAGAUUACUGUUAACUUGACAUAAAAUAUUAUCUGUGUAAAAGCUGUGGCUUUUUAUCUUGUUCAGCUUGGAAAUUGGAAGAGAUUUGUAGAAUGUUUUUAAGGAUUUUUUUUCUUAAGAAAUAUGUAUGCCCAUAUUUUUCCAUAUUAUACGAUGUGAGAAGGAUGAUUGUUUUCUAAUUUAAGUAUAAGCAUCCAUAGGAAGAAUGAUGAUCAAAAGAUAUAUAUUCCUUGGCGCAUAAGGAAGAAGGACCAGUGCCUUAAUUAGUAGACUGCAAAUUGAAGCUUUAUGUCAUCUAAUUUUUUUGAGGAUUUCAUUCCAUUUGCAGCAAGUUUUCUCCAGUAGAUAUAUGAACCUCAGCAUUAUAUGCUAACAUUGUGGUUUUCAUAUAUGUUAAUACAAUGUUUUGGAUCUAGGUUUUUGUGGAAUUGAGGAAUUAGAUCCAUUGAGGAAAAAGGAUUGGAUAAGCUACAUGUGAUGAAUUUAUCCAACUAAUUUUGGUGGGCCUGUUAAAUAUAGCAAAUGUGGAUUCAAUCUACUGUAUCCAGGCUUUGUUUACUGUUUCUAAAGCCAUUUGUCUGUAGCCUUCAAAUUACCUGCCUUAGAAAAUGCUAUGCUUUUCAUAUGAGGAUAGUAAUUUUAGCAAUCACAGUUAGUGCUCACCACAUUAUGGAUAUUUUAAAGGUACUGUAUUCCUGCAUGGAUUUGGGAAUAUUUUAUCCCCACAUAGCAAUAUCCCACCUGUAGGUUUCAUAACACAUGAUAACAAUUGUGAUAGAAACGAAAUCGAUUGAACACUUGAAUGAAGUUAUUUUAGUUUUGAUUAUUCUCUUACUAGUUUGUUAAUGUUUGUUCUGCAAGUUAUGUGAUAAAUACAGUUGAAAUAAUUAAACCUCAAUUUAUAGGCUUAAGUGCUACUCCUGGAUGAGCUCCAGUGAAAGAGGAAGUACAGUGCUUGGUAUUAUGCUGGUGACAAAAUUGACUCUGGAGACUUAUUGUAAAAAUGUUAACAUCAUUCUAAUUUCCCUAAUCCUUCUAGCUUGAGUAAUGUUUACUUCAAUAAUAUUAGCUAGAAAGUCUAUUCAUAAAAUAUAUUUAGUGGAGAGUACUAUAACUUUAAAGAAUUAUCAGACAAAUGCACUCUUAAAAGACAAUAGCUCAGGUGAAUAAAACAGUGAACUGACCACUCCAUUCUUAGCAUGUUUAACUGAAAUAGGUGAUAUUUAUUUAAUGGCCUUAUGGUAGUCAUUUAAUCCAGUUCCCCGUGUCUUCAUAAAUUUAGGUUAAGAAGCUGAAAAGAUUGUAAAAUUUAAACAUACAUGAAUGCAUUUCUAAAGAGUGAUAAUUGUUUAAAAUUGCCCUCUUAGCAUUUGAUAAACCUAUUUUUCAUAGUAAGACUUUAAAAAGCUGUUUACUUUUUGUUUCUUUGCUUAUUCUUGAAUGGCUGUUAAUAUUUAUCUUGUAAAUUUAUAGAAAAAAGUUUCAAAACUGACAGUGCUGUAUGUACUUCCAAAAUUGAAAUGUGAGCUGAUUUUGUUACUGAGCCAAGAAUAACUGUUGAAAACAUUAAAAUCAUGUAUUCCUAAACAUAGUGAACCCUCUUUCAAGUGCCUUAAAUUUUCUUAAUGUUGGCCUCAUGUCUGUUGAAAGCAAUACAGGGAAAGAGACUUUAAUCAAUAUAUCUGCCCCUUAGUGUCAGCAGUUGCUCUUUUCCAAGGAAAUUCAGUUGUUAGUGCUACCUUUCAGGAAAUCGGUAUUUUCUAUUUGCGUAGCAUGAAGCUAUAUAUUCAGUUUCUAGGUCAUUUCUAACAAUUUCAUGCAGUGUCAAUAGAUGUGAUUUUCUAAACCAACUUUAUCUGUAAUCUACCAAACUAUAGCAGACACUUUAAGGGGCUUCCCUGUUAUUCACAUACUUAAAUUGUUUACCAUCUAGAUGUAGGUAGAUGAAACUUUGUUUUCAGUAUAGUGCCAUUACAUACAAAUUAGUAGAAAUAGAUUUUUAUCAUUUCUUUGCUGGCUGUUUGAAAUUUAGCAUAAGAGUUUCUUUGUUGUUUGUUUUUUAAGAAAUUGCCUUUGUGGAAUAACUGAUCACAUGGACCUUAAUUCUUAAGACAGUAAAUUGUGACUUUCAUUCUUUAUCUGGAUUGUUCUUAAAACUCUCAUAUGCAAAUGUACUGCAUAGGGAAUGGAAUGUUGUAUACAUUAUAUAUUGCAUAUGUGGUAUUGUCAUUGGAAGAAAUGCAAAUUAUUUACAACCGUAAUACCAAAAUAAUAAAUCACUUAUUAAAAUGCCUUUUCUGUCCAAGUUA